AUGAGAGAUGAUUUUGUAAAUCAUGUAAAACCGGACCUCUCUGAUGCUGAACCUGCAAGCAAUGGAUAUGACAAUCCCUCUUUCCAAUAUGAUGAAAAUCUUCAACAGAGUGACCAGUUAAAGACUAAGAAAAAAAAGAAGGAAAAUGAGAAGACAGAAAAAAAGGUGGUUAGUAUUUUUGAACUGUUUCGCUAUGCGGAUUGGGUGGAUAUACUUUUGAUGAUAGUUGGCUUGAUAGCCGCGGCUACAAAUGGUACUGGAUUACCACUUAUGAUCAUUGUCUUUGGAGACAUGACAAAUAGUUUUGUGCUAAACGGCAUGAAAUCAAAUGCAUCAGAAGAUACUUCAGUAAAUGAGUCCAGUUGUCCAUCAAUUCCAGGGAUAGAUAUAGAAGCUGAAAUGACAAAGUUUGCUUACUAUUAUGUUGGAAUUGGCUGUGCUGUGUUGAUACUAAGCAUCAUCCAAGUGUGGACAUUUUUGAUCGCUGCUACAAGGCAGACAGCAAGAAUCCGGCAAAAGUUCUUUUUUGCAGUACUUCAUCAGGAGAUGGCUUGGUUCGAUACUAUCCAGAUUGGAACGCUGAACACUAGACUGACAGAUGACAUCAACACCAUCCAUGAAGGCAUCGGAGACAAAAUCUGUAUAUUUGUACAAUUUUUUGCCACAUUUCUGGCAGGGAUUAUUAUAGGAUUCAUCCACGGCUGGAAGCUGACAUUAGUGAUUUUGUCAGUCAGCCCUCUGCUUGCUGCAUCAGCAGCAGUUUGGUCAACUCUCCUGGCAUCACUUACUGCUAAAGAGCUGUCUGCUUAUGCUAAAGCAGGGGCUGUAGCAGAAGAAAUCUUGACAGCUGUGAGGACUGUUAUGGCUUUCAAUGGACAAAAAAAGGCAAUAGCAAAAUAUGAUGCUAACCUGGAGCUAGCUAGAAGUGUUGGAGUGAAAAAAUCCAUUACCACCAACACAUCUCUAGGUGUUUCAAAUUUUUUGAUCUUUGGAUCCUAUGCGCUUGCGUUUUGGUAUGGAACCAAACUCACUGUGGAGGAUAAAGAAAAUUAUGACAUUGGUCGUGUGUUAAUUGUCUUCUUCUCUGUGCUUAUCGGUGCCUUCUCGCUGGGACAGGCAGCUCCCAACCUUGAGAGUGUGGCUAAUGCACGUGGGGCUGCCUAUGAAGUGUACAGAAUUAUCAAUAAGAAACGGCUUAUAGAUAGCAGUUCUCAAGAAGGCUACAAACCAGACAAGCUCAUAGGAGAAAUUGAGUUCAGAAACAUCCAUUUCAAUUACCCAUCCAGACCAGAUAUUAAAAUUCUCAAAGGCCUAAACCUGAAAGUUCAAACCGGGAAGACCAUUGCUCUAGUUGGUGCCAGUGGUUGUGGAAAAAGCACUACCAUUCAGUUGCUACAGAGAUUCUAUGAUCCCGUUCAAGGAGAAGUUACCUUAGAUGGACAGGAUAUUCGGACACUUAAUGUAAAGUGGCUAAGAGAAAAUAUUGGUAUUGUGAGUCAAGAGCCCGUUUUGUUUGCAACGACAAUAGCUGAGAACAUUCGCUAUGGCAGAGAAGAUAUUUCUGAUGCUGAAAUUGAGCAAGCAGCUAAAGAAGCCAAUGCUUUUGAUUUUAUAUCAAGACUACCUGAUAAAUUUAACACCAUGGUAGGGGAAAGAGGGGCUCAGCUGAGUGGAGGACAGAAACAGCGAAUAGCUAUUGCCCGUGCCCUGGCAAGGAAUCCUAAGAUUCUUCUUCUGGAUGAAGCUACAUCGGCAUUAGAUACUCAGAGUGAAUCCAUCGUGCAAGCAGCUCUUGAUAAGGCUCGGAAUGGGCGUACCACCAUUGUGAUCGCUCACAGACUGUCUACCAUCCGCACUGCUGACACCAUCGCUGCAUUUGAGAAGGGCGUUGUGGUUGAACAAGGUACACACAGUGAGCUCAUGUUGCAGAAGGGAGUCUACCAUUCUCUUGUAACGCAGCAGGGUUGUAGCAAUAAUGUUCAAGAUGAUGGGACGUCAGAAGAAGAUGAAGAUACAGAAGCUGAGGAAUGUGACGACAACAACAGAAAUGAUCUUGUGCAGGAAUUGACUGGUCAAGCUGAUUUUGAGGAUCUGGGGAUCUUUAAGAAAGGCAGCAUUCGUAGAAGAUCCAGCAGAUAUAAGAGCAAGAGGUGCUCUUCUAAGAAGAAAUCUUCUAAAAAAAAGAAAGAGAAGGACCUGGAGGAAGAAAAUCUCCCUGCUGUGUCAUACUCCAGAAUCCUGGCUCUAAACAAACCUGAAUGCCUGUAUGUAGUGCUAGGAGUGAUUUCUGCUGCCAUCUUAGGUGGAGUCCAUCCUGCAUUUGCAGUUAUAUUUGGAAAAAUCAUCGCGGCUUUCCAAGAAAUAGAUCCAGAAAAAAAGAAUAACAAAACUUUGGUGCUUUGUCUAAUGUUUCUUUUACUUGGAGUGAUUACCCUAGCCGCAUACAUAAUCCAAGGAUUUAUGUUUGGAAAGUCUGGGGAAAUACUGACAAUGAGACUGCGUUCUUUGUCCUUCAGAGCAUUGCUUCAGCAGGAGAUUGGAUGGUACGAUGAUCAAAAAAAUGCUGUUGGUAUUCUGUUAACCCGGCUCGCUACAGAUGCUUCCCAAGUCAAAGGGGCAACUGGAACUCGACUUGGACUGAUGACUAUGACUGUCUGUACCCUUCUGACUGCCAUCAUUAUUGCUUUUGUAUAUGGCUGGCAGUUAACUUUGCUUAUCCUGGCCUGCAUUCCUUUCGUUAUUGCUACAAAUGCAAUAAGCAUUCGCUCUAUGUCUGGUCAUGCAGCAAAAGAUCAAAAAGCUUUGGAAGAGGCUGGAAGAAUUUCAACAGAAUCAGUUGAAAAUAUAAGAACUGUAGCUUCACUGACCAAGGAAGAUGCAUUUUAUGAAAGAUACAUUGCAAGUUUGAAUGGUCCAUAUAGAGAUUCUCUGAAAAAAGCCCCUUUCUAUGGAUUUACCUAUGGAGUAGCUCAGUGCGCGAACUACUUUAUUAAUGCAGCAGUCUUCAGAUUUGGGGCAUGGCUUAUUGCCCACUGCAUGAGCAACUUUGAAAAUGUAUUAAUAGUUUUUUCUUCAGUCGUAUUUGCAGCUAUGAAUGUUGGUCAGUCUGCUUCCCUGGCACCAGAUUAUGGCAAAGCUAAAAUUUCAGCUCAAAGAAUCUUUCAACUUUUGGACAGAAAACCUCUAAUUGACAGUUACAGUGAAGAAGGUGAAAAACUGAGUAAUUUUGAAGGCAACAUUGAAUUCAGAAACAUCCAUUUUGUGUAUCCAUCAAGACCAGAAGUUCAAGUUUUGCAAGGACUCAACAUGAAGGUUAAUAAAGGACAGACUCUGGCCUUAGUAGGAAGCAGUGGCUGUGGCAAAAGCACAUCCAUUCAGCUCUUAGAGAGAUUUUAUGACCCUGUGGAAGGACAAGUGUUUGCAGAUGGAUUUGAUACCAAGACUUUGCAUUUACAAUGGCUAAGGUCCAGACUGGGUCUCGUGUCACAGGAGCCCAUUUUGUUUGACUGCAGCAUCGCUGAAAAUAUUCAAUAUGGAGACAACAGUAGGGUUGUAAGUCAGGAGGAAAUUGAAGAAGCAGCUAAAGCAGCAAAUAUUCAUGCCUUCAUUGAAAAACUGCCAGAGAAAUAUAAUACCCGAGUGGGUGAGAAAGGAACACAGCUUUCUGGAGGUCAGAAACAAAGAAUAGCAAUUGCCCGUGCUCUAGUUCGUAAGCCUGCUGUUCUGCUUCUAGAUGAAGCUACUUCUGCACUUGACACAGAAAGUGAAAAGAUCGUCCAGAAAGCUCUGGAUAACGCCCGGCAAGGUCGAACCUGCAUCGUCAUUGCUCACCGCCUGACGACUGUGCAGACAGCAGACAUCAUUGCGGUGAUUCAUAACGGCAGGGUGGUGGAGCAGGGCACUCACAGCCAGCUGCUGGCGAUGGAAGGACAUUACUAUGCGCUUGUGAAUGCACAAGUCUCUAAUUAG